GCUGACAUGGCAACACUGGCUCCGCUCCGACAAGAGCAAUUUUAUUUACCUAUAUCCUACAUGAAUUAUUUUAUCAUUACUACUUAGGUAGGUACCUAUUUUCUUUUCUUCAAAUCAAAGAUAGGUACAUACCUAAUAGGUAAUUAUUCUUGUUAUAUUUAUGUGUCUACAUAACAAUAGAUAUAAUAAUUUAUGAAUACAUCUGUAAAUUGAUGUUAAAGUUUACAGACAAAAAACAAAUGAAAUAUGACUUCAAUAAGAAUUUUCUUACCGGCUAUUUCAAAACCUCUGAAGGAUGUAUAUUUUAAAGGGUUUAUUAUUAAUGCUGCUGAGCUACAAACUUAUACUAUAUGUGUCAUCAAAUAUGCAAACAAUGUUGAUGAUCUAAUUGAUGGACAUAAUGAAGCCCAAGAAAUAAUAUAUGGCCAACUCUGUGCACAUCAAUCAAAAAUCGUAGACGAAAACAAAAAGUAUAGAAAUUGGCUUCUAUUAGAACAGAAAGAAAUUCCAAUGAUAAAUAAUUUAAUUAUCCACGGUAACAAAAUUGAAAAUACCGAAAACUGUAUCAUAAUGUUAUAUGAUUAUGAGAAAACAGUGAAUUCAGAAUUUAUAGACCAAAGUGGUGAGUUCUAUGAUUUUCAGAAAAUAGUAAAAGCAGAAUAUGGUUUUACCCAAGUGGUAACAAAUUACACACCAUUCCUCAGAAUACCUGAUUGGCUGUCAUCAUCUAUGUUUAUACAACAUAUUGUGAAUUAUAUUAAUAUGUUUUACUGGCUUGUAAUGUCUAUAAGGAAAGACAAAAAGAUAUUUAUCAAGCAAGGUAAUAUAAUUCUGGCAGUGGCAGUAGACUUGCUGUUAGGGUAUCUGGUCUUAAAUUUUCUCACACAGCACAAAAUGAAGCUGAGUUCAAAGUUAAUGGAAGUCUUAGAGGAGCUAAUAAAUAUGUUAUAUACUUUAUUAAAAUGGCUGAUGGGUUCGCCAGCUGGAUUCAAACUAAACAAAGAAUUCAACAAAAUGCUCGGAAAAUAUUUUUCAUAUCAUGUUCAAUUGUGGUGGCUUUUUUUAGAUGUAUCUGGUGAAAAACUGGACAUUAUCCUACACAUCUACCACUACAUUGGUUACUUAGGGUUUACAUUUCAAGCUGCAAUAAUAUCCGACAUGAUAUGCAUAGCUACAUUCCAUUCUUAUUGCAUUUAUGUAUAUGCUGCUAGAAUGUUCAAUAUACAGAUAUCGGGUCUCAUUGCAUUAUUGAGGUUCUUUGUUGGUCGCAAAUACAACCCUUUGAGGGAUGGCAUUGACUCGUGCGAAUACACGAACCAAGAACUGUUUGUGGGCACAGUGGCGUUCACAAUAUUAUUACUGCUGCUACCUACUACGGCGAUGUAUUAUAUUGUCUUUACAUUGUUCCGGCUGCUGUCCCUGGUCGUGCAGUAUAUAUUAGCCAAAGUAAUAUAUUUAGUGCAAACAUUCCCGUUAUACGCCUUAACUUUGUGGUUGAUAGGAUCUCCCAAAGUUGGAGGAAACAUCCGCAUGGAAGUAUUGAAUAAAGAAAAAUCGUCACAUCUAGUCAUACGAUUGAAGCUGUUUCGAAAGUCUAUUUGGGACCUGGUGAACCAUUUCAAAUCGCCCGUAGAUACACCAAAACAAUUUCAGUGGACAAAUAUGCUUUCUAAUGUUUGUGUAGGAAAACAAAUAGUUAUUUAAAACAAUCCCAAAAUAGCCAGGCACACAUCUAAAUUGAAAGAAGAAAAAAAAUUUUAUUCAUAAGCAUAAGGCAUAAUCAUUGUAAGUUUCGAAAUAAAACAAUAUUGAUUUA